AUGAGCUACCUGGAGAAGAACUUUGCCUUUUACGCCUCUUACCACUCGGACACCAUCAAUGUUGCGGUUCAUAUUAUCUGUGUAUGGCCGCUGCUGUGGACAGGCCAGGCCAUGCUCGCCUUGCUUGCUCUGCCUGGGCCCGUGGCCGAGGCCGUCGAUUCCGCACUCCCGCCUGCAGUCGCGCCGUAUGCUGGUGCAAACUGGGCCCUUGUCGGCACGCUUGUCUACGUGCUGUACUACAUCGUGCUCGAUCAUAAGGCCGGCUUCCUUGCGGCUGCCCUCGUCGUCGCAGGCAACGCCGCUGCCAACCACCUCGUCGCCACCUAUCCCGGUGAGCUCGUCCUCAAGGCUGCCGCAGGCAUCCACAUCGGCUGCUGGGUUGCUCAGAUCGCCGCGCACAAGAUCUUUGAGGGCCGCGCACCCGCUCUUCUCGACAACCUCGCGCAGGCCUUCCUCAUGGCCCCGUACUUUGUCAUGCUCGAGAUCAUCAUGCACCUCGGCUACGAGCCGUCUCCGGGCUUUAUCAAGCGCGCCACCGCCCGCGCUGCGGAGGCUCGCGCCGAGUUUGAGGCCUCUCAGAAGACCAAGGCCUCUUGA